AUGGCAGUCUUCCCACAGUUCGGGCCGGAUCCCGACACCACUUUGCUACAGCAAUGUCAGUUCAUCAUCAAACGCAUCACUGUCAUCCUUGAAGAGCUAGAGCAGCUAAAGUCCGCCAUCGAGAGACGCCCGGCGUCGGGCCACAAGCCCCUGUCGUGGAACCAGGCCGUCCCGGGACUCGGUCUUUUCGAACGGCUCAUCGUGUCUGAGAAGAAGCACCUGGAGAAGAUGGUUCAAUCGUACAACGCAGAUGCCAACGACCAGGAGGAUCUCGAGGCGCUCGACAGCAAGAUGCGGUUGAGGCUCGACGCGUCGAAUUACAAGUUCUACGAGACGGUAUGGGAGGUCACCAAGCGUUGCUCCGAUCUGACAGGCAUGCGGAGGGAGCUGCCCUACAAGACAAUGCAGGGGAAGGCCGUGAGCGCCGUCAUCGACCUCGUCGCCAACGGCGCAUGGAUCAAGGUCGUCACGACAACGGAGCGAAGGCUGUGCUACGAGAUGGCCGACGCCGGAUGGGACUGGGACGAGGAUUUUACAGACGAGGGCGCCGACGAUGCGAUGCUGGAGAUCCUCCGGGACGAGGAGGAUGACAGCAUCGAGGUAGCCAAGUUCGCGAGGCACAUGGUCGCGGCGGCGCGGACGUCGUACCAGGACUACCGCCGGCCUCGGGUGCACAUUCUCAUGUCGCGCAUCAGGGAGGGCGAGAACGCGGCGGUCGACCACCUGCUCCGCCUCGUGCGCAAGAUGGGCACCGAUGACGUCGAGCUCGUCGUCGAGACCGCCAACAACGGGCCCGGCGAUGGCGGUGGCGGUAUCCUGACGGACCCGACGCCGCCGCUGGACGAGGCCAUCGUGAACCUCGUCCAUACGGACUACUUCAAGGACUUCACGGCGACGCUCAACGUCGACUGCUCCGUCUUCAUGGCGCUGUCGUCCGACUUUAGUCACAUGGCCAUCGACCCAGGCUCGGCGCUGUUGCGGUCGAAGCAGCACUGCAUCGACGCGACGGACGAGGUGGAGAACGGGCCGAGACUGACGAAAACGCUGUACCCGGCAUUGGCCGGACGGAGGCUGGUGUGCACUCAGGAGGCGGCCGACACGUUUUUCAAGAUUGUGUACGGGAUCGGGACGGACUCGGAGCAGGCGCGGACGCGCAUCAUCUUUGACCACCAGGGAGAAGACGACAAGAAUGACGACGGCGGCGACGACGCACGCACGCCCGAAGCCGCCGAGGCGGACCGCGCGCGCCGCGUCGCCGCGCUGCAAAAGCUCUCGGCCCACCCCGUCCCUGCGGACCUGCGGCUCCCGAUUGAGAUCAUCGGCAGCGUCUCCUGGGACGAUGCGCGGAGCAUGGUGGCCCGCGGCGAGCUCCCGGAGGUCGCCCUGGCGGCGGGGCGGAAGGGGUCCGGGCUGAACGCGAUGAACGUCAGCUCGUUCCUGUACGGGUGGCGGGCCGGGCUGACGACCGUCACGUCCAACUGGGAGGCGGCCAAGAGGCUGAAGACCGUCAUCGAGACGAACCGCGUCACGGGGACCGAGGUCGGCCCGCAUAUCUGGCGGGUCCCGUUCUCGAGGAAGCUGCUCGCCAGGCCAAAGGCGUCGUCGGGGAGCGGCGGAGACGGCGGGGACGGCAGCAGGCCGAGGAGCGGACGGCUGAAGAGCCGGCAGGAGAGGAGGGUUGAGAAGGACAAGUCGCUGCAGAGAUGGACUGACUCCGAGCAGACGGAAGGGGCGAGGCCCGAGAACGCCCCCGAUCACAACUGA